AUGCCUGCAGAACUUCACGGCAUCAAAGCCAAUGACGUCCAUGCCAAGAUCCAGCUGUUGAUCGAUGGCUUGGUCAACAUCAAAGACAACUCAGGAGAAUUCCUGAUGACUUUGGCAGAUGGCCGAGUCAUCGACACCAAAGGAUGGAAUGACUGGGAAUGGACCCAUGGUAUUGGUCUCAAUGGUCUUUGGGCGUACUACAGCCUGACCGGCGAUGAGAAGUAUCUGAGGAUAAUUGAGGACUGGUUUGCCAAUCGCUUUGCCGCCGGGGGCACUACCAAAAAUAUCAACACAAUGGCCGUGUUCCUGACAUUGGCAUACGUCUAUGAAAAGACCGGCAACCAAACAUAUGUGCCCUGGCUAGAUAGCUGGGCCGAAUGGGCAAUGCACGACCUCGAGAGGACAAAGUACGGUGGCAUGCAACACAUCACAUAUUUGGAGGUCAAUGACCAACAAUUAUGGGACGACACAUUGAUGAUGACCGUCGUACCGCUAGCAAAGAUCGGACAGAUUCUUAAUAGACCUCACUAUAUUGAGGAAGCAAAGCGGCAAUUUCUGCUUCACAUCAAGUACUUAUUCGACAAUAAGACUGGUCUUUUCUUCCACGGUUGGACUUUCCAUGAAGGCGGACACAAUUUUGCCAAUGCUCGUUGGGCCCGCGGCAACUCAUGGAUCACAAUUGUGAUACCGGAAUUUUUAGAGUUGCUGAAUCUGGAUCCGAACGAUGCAUUUCACCGGACUUUAGUUGACACUUUGGAUGCACAGGUUGAGGCUCUUGUUCCCUUGCAAGUGGAAUCAGGUCUAUGGCGUACAGUCCUGGAUAAGCCGGAAAGCGAAGGGUCAUAUCAAGAAGCUAGUGCAGCAGCAGGUUUCGCUUUUGGUAUUCUGAAGGGCCAAAGAAAACGAUAUCUCGGAAAGCAGUAUCAAGAGGUUGCAAUCAAAGCUAUCAAGGCGGUUCUGGAGAACAUCGACAAGGACGGAGAACUUCUACAGACGAGUUUCGGUACCGGGAUGGGCCAUGACUUACAGCAUUACUAUAAUAUUCCGAUCACUAGCAUGCCGUAUGGUCAGGCAAUGGCCAUCAUCGCUCUUGUAGAGUUCUUGAGGGUCUUCUACUAG